GCGAGGAUGCUGUAGAGGACGAGGCUGAAGAGAACCCCAUUGCCCUGGAUUUUCAGCAGGACCGGGAGGCAUUUUAUAUAAAGGAUCCGAAGAAGGCUCUCCAAGGCUUCUUUGACAGGGAAGGAGAAGAAUUAGAAUAUGAAUUUGAUGAGCAGGGCCAUAGCACUUGGCUCUGCAGGGUGAGAUUACCUGUAGAUGACUCCGCUGGGAAGCAGCUGGUGGCUGAGGCCGUUCACUCAGGGAAGAAGAAAGAAGCAAUGGUACAGUGCUCCCUGGAAGCUUGUCGGAUCCUUGAUACAUUGGGAUUGCUGCGGCAGGAAGCAGGUCAGUAUAUGAAAGUCUUUCUUUUUCUUUUAAAAAAACAAAGAAGGAAAAUGUAACACAAAGGGUAGCAU